AUGUUUGGAACCGUGGGCCCGGCGGAACUCGUGGACCCGGAUCUGCAUCAGCAUCUGGUACCGGAGCUGGAGUACCAAGUGCACACGGUGGACCGCAGCAGGGAACUGGAAGCCAAAGAAUCCCGAGCGGACCAGCUGGUGGUCCUCAGCCGUUUGGCCGCAUUCCCAAACGUGAACGUGUUGACCAGGAUGGACCGGAUUCCAAGAGAACACCUCAGAGCAGUGUUGGCGCUAGUUCGGACUCCUUCGCGCCUUUCGCCACAAUGAAUAUCCAGCUGAACAUGUUUGAUCUGGACAUCUCCCGUAUGGAUAAAGUCAUCCACAAGGUGCUCUUCCAGGUCACCAUGAUAUUACCAAACGGUAAAUCAUAUGAAAUCAAUGAAGGCGUUGCAGCGGCCGUUGGAGAGUACGUUUUUGAGAAAUCUAUUCCAGUUAACCUAAAUUUUUUUCAGCGUAAACCGCCAGAUUCGCAGACGAGCUCAAUGGGUGUUGUUCAACACGUGGUUCAAAAAUAAUGCGAUGUUGUUCAAAGGAAAAACAGAUCCGUCGGUCGCCGCCUACGAUUGCGCGGAGAUGAUUUACAUCGGAAGUCAGAACUACGCGGGUGGUGUGGAGGAACACAUUUGUGAAUUCCAAGAGAGCGAUUUCUCUCCGGACGAUUGGACGGUAGUGACUCGUCUGUCUCGUCGCAGGAACCCGAAGUUCUCCGUCAGGAUCAAGGCCGUCGGACAGGUCAGUGAUUUUUAACGUAGAAAGACUAUAUUUUGAAAAAAAUCUACAAAAAUUGUCAUCAAUAUGAGGGUUUUUCUCAUUUUAAUAAAACAUUGUCAGCAAAAUGUCCGUUUCCAGUUGUUCACUCGUGGACGGGAGGCUCUGACCGAAGAGAACAGACCUGAGCUCACCCGUUGCAUCGAGACAGUCACCAAUCAAAUUUUGCACGACGGAAGUUUCCACCUGUACGCCGCAGCAACCUUCCCGGUUUCUGGGGCUCGCUUGUCGGAGCCGGAUGAUGUUUCUGAAAUCAGAGCAGGCUUCACCAAAGUCACCAGAGUUCUGCCAGGCCGCACGGAUGUACCGGACGUCAUUAUGACUAUCGAUACUGCAAGAUCUGCAUUCUUUAAGCCGAUUCCCGCUCUGAAAUUUUUGUGCAACAAAUUUGAAGAGCUCACCGGAACUGGAGGACGAUAUCGUGGCGGUGGAGGUCGGGGAGGGCAUGAUCGUGGUAGUCACGAUCGUCGUGGAGAAGAUCGGCGUGGCGGAUACAAUCGAAACAGUUACGAUCGUCGUGGAGGAGACACUCGCCAUGACGAGCAAAGAUAUGAUCGUUGGGAUGGCGUUAACGAAGCUCAUGUCCGUAAUUUGGAGAAGGCGUUCCGUGACGGUCAAAUGCUGGAUGGAGUUGUUGAGGCGCUGAGCAAAGCGAUGCGAUGGAUUGAAGUGAAUCCAACUCAUCUGAACCAAACGCAAGCUAACAGAACCCAAAAAAUGGAUCGUCUUUUCGAUGGAAAUGCAAUGAAGUAAGUCAACUCGAUUUUUUUUUCGGUGUGCGUUAAAUGUCCAUGCAGUUAACUUUAACGCCGGUUUUGUUUUAGCUGGAUUAAAAAUUUCGUAGAAAUCGCACCCUUCUGAAAUUAAGACGCAUUACCAGUUUCGCUUAUCACCAAAAGUGGUGGAAGGGGGGGUAACUUUAACAGUGUAAUUUAUCGAAAAGUAGUUUACGUUAGUUAACGUCGUGGUCUUCUACACUUAUAUAAUAUUUAUCUUGUUACAGCACGCGCUUCACACACAAGGACGCUGACGGAAAUGAAACCGAAAUCACCGUGUUCGAAUACUUCCACAAAGUCUAUAAUUAUUCGAUCAAAUAUCCGUACCUUCCCCUCGUGUCUACCAGACGCCUGACUCACGAGGAAUAUUUUCCGAUUGAAUUGCUUUGCAUCUCAGAGGGACAGCGUAUCAAGAACGAUCGGAUGACUGUCAAUGUUCAGUCGCACAUGACUGGAAAGAAUUCAUCUCUACCACGAGAGCACGUGAAACAGACACAAAUGAUACUCCACGAGUUUCUUCGCAUGGAUCACUUGAGAAAUCGUCAUCUGGCGUCGUUUGGAAUCAGAAUGCUAUCAUUCGAUCCGAUAAAGACAGUGGCAAAAAUCCUGGCUCCUGCAUCGAUUCAGUUUGCGGGUCAGACUUACACACCCGAUCCAAAAUUUGGUGUCCGGUUCAACACCAAAGCAAAAUUCGUUGCUCCCGCCAGAAUCAAGAAGAUUGCAUUCCUCAACUCAGACCAUUCGUUCCGUAAUAUUGAGUAAGUUUUUAUUCCCAGAGUCAAUUUAAGAUUUGAAGUUAUUUUCUUACAGUCAAUUGAAAAAACAAUUGAGCCACUACUGCCGGGACCAGGGAAUUGUUGUCGAACGCCCGUCAAAUGACUGGCAAGUCUGGAACUGUCAACCCCAUGACACAAUUAAAGUCAAGGAAAUUAUCGAAACUUGUCUCGAGGAAAAAGUUGACAUUUUGUUCGCCAUAACUGCCGAAAAACGUCCGGAGUUGCACGGUAAGUUAUUUGAAAAUACCUUGCACAAGGUCUUAGAAAAACACAUCUUUAGAUGAAAAUUUUAAGAUGUGCUUCAUUAACAAGAACUUCUCCUCAACUUACUACUCUCUUGACAAAAAACUUCAAUUAGCGCAUUUACAGAUAUUUUAAAAUAUUACGAGGAGAAACUUGGACAGCAGACUAUCCAAGUAUGUACGGAGACGGCGAACAAAUUGGCAAACCAGUCGGGAGGAGCUCAGACCAUCGAUAACGUAAUGAGGAAAUUCAAUUGCAAAUGUGGCGGCACAAAUUUCUAUAUUAGUCUAACGCAUUCGAUGAACCGAAAAGUUGUGUGCUCGGAUCCGAGGAAGUGAGUUAUUUGAGUGAUCCACUAGUAACUAUGAUUUUUACUUUCAGAAUGCAGUCAAAACUUUACGCCAAGACACAGUUUAUUGGUUUUGAACUAAGUCACAGUGGCGCGAGAACUCAAUUCGAAAUCCAGAAAGUAAUCUUCAGUGGCGAUCCGACUGUGGUGGGAGUCGCUUAUUCUCUGAAGAAUUCAACCCAAUUGGGUGGCUUUUCUUAUUAUCAAGACUCUCAAUUGACAAAGUUGCAGUAAGUAUUCCCAGGUAGCUCAACAAAAAAAACUAUUUUUUUCAGGAAGCUGAACGAAAUGUUCCCCACUUGUCUGGAAGGAUAUGAGAAGAGUGCUAGAUGCCUUCCAGAAACAAUCGUCAUUUAUCGAUCCGGAUUGGGUGAAGGCGAUUUUCAGAAGAUCAAAGAGGAACUGGUGGAGAUGAAGAAGGCGGCUUCCGAAAAGAAAGUCGGAUACUCUCCGAAGUUCGUCUUGAUCAUAGCCCAACGACGAUCACACGUCCGAAUCUUCCCGGCAAGCAUUGAAGGAACGAAGCCAAACGAGCAGAACGUCCCAUCGGGAACAUGCAUUGACUACACAUCAGGACAAGGGCUCGACGAGUUCAUAAUGACCUCGCAAACCCCGUUGAUCGUAUGUUUUUACUUUCUUAAAACACUCGUGAAUUUUUUUAAUUUCAGGGUACGGUCCGUCCAACGCGGUUUACAGUACUCGUGAAUGAGCCUCAAUGGUCGAAAAACGAGAUAAUGAACACGACUUAUCAACUUUCGUUCGGACAUCAGGUUUCAUACCAGCCUCCCUCCGUCCCCGACGUUUUAUACGCGGCGGAAAAUCUUGCUAAACGUGGAACCAAUAAUUUCCGCACGCACUCGUGAGAAACACAAAAUUAAUCUCCCGAAAAAGCAGAAUUGUUUUCAGACAUCUCGAAAACCUCAGCCUUAUUCCUGCCCUACUUGCCCAGAGGAAAUACGGAGAUGUGAUCGAUUUCAACGUGCCCGAAGAAUUUGCGAAGCUGAUUAUUGAUGAAGUUUCGACCACUGUCAACGGAAAGACGCUCAAAUGUCGCAACUUCUGGGCUUGA